AUGAUUUACGAGCUUCCCAAGAGGAACACAUGGUGUUGUAUCGACCGAGGAUCAUGUGAAGCUCGCAAUCGCUCCUUCCCCACCCAUAGAAUGUUGUUUGCUUCGACAUCUGCAGGCAGGUGCGUCCCAUCCAUCGUACUCAAAGAAACUCAAACUCAAUUCCAUUUGGACGGUGGAACAUUUUGCGCUUCUCCUGAAUUUAUCAGAGCCACGUUGUCACAAUCGCAUCAUCAUCAGGUAGUUAUUGAACCUUCAGCACGGCACCAUCUCAUAUCAGUUCACAGUCCACGAUGCUCGACUUGCAUUCAUCCCUCAUGUGAUGGUACAAGGUCCGUGUAUGCAUGCUUCGAAUACCGACGCCAAACAAUCAGACAAAAUACAACCCCAAAGUCAUAG